GUACAUUCCCCCGUAUAAAAGAGGUUGACCUGGAGGAAAAAAGACAUUUUCAUUCGCUUGACGCUUCUUAUAUAUUUGUAUGAUAUACAAACUUCUGAUAAUUUGUGCGCAAGAUAGAGCUUAUAUCUGAGUACCACGUGUCAGCCUGAAAGAUGGCAAAAGGAGCAUUUGCUAUAAUGACCUGUUUAUUUAUGUAUCAGUGUGCGCAAUUUGUUCAAACUAUUGACGUUCAACCGGCGGCUUCAAAAGAAGACUGUAUAUGCCCAAAGAAUGAUACGAAAUGCUAUUGUACACUGGUCAUUGAAUACAAACUAACAAUGCUUCUAGACAAUGAGCUUGUUUAUCCUGAUAACGGUAAAUUGCGGUUACGGGCUAAUAAUUCUGAACUCAGUACCGAACAUGCGGCACGGGUUAUCGCUGCAGAUGGACAAAAAUCUCGUUUAGUCAUUACUGUCAAUGGCAGAUUCCCAGGUCCAAGAAUAGAAGUCUAUGAAGGACAAUUGUUACAUGUUAAAGUUGUCAACAAACUUUAUACUGAAGGCGUUAGCAUUCAUUUUCACGGCCUACCGCAAAAAUCGACUCCAUGGAUGGAUGGCGUUGCAUACGUAACACAGUGCCCAGUUAUGCCUGGUCAAACGUUCGAACAUGUUUUUAACGCAACCCCACCCGGCACUUACUUUUACCACUCACAUCUUGCCGCCCAACGAUAUAUGGGACUUUACGGUCCUUUAAUUAUACGUCCAAAGAUGGCUCUUGAAGAAAAGGAAAUUAUAAUAUCACUUCAGGAAUGGAAUAAUGAGUUGAACUCACAAACAGCAUACGAAAGGGCAAUUACUCAACAAUUUAACUUUAAAACAAACGAAGUAAUCCCUUCUACAUAUUCUGUAGAUGGUGCAUGGUUUGAAGAGUUUGCGUUUCAGUCUGGUCUUAUGAAUGGAAAGGGGAGAUUCUGGACAAGCUUGGAUUCUAACAACGGGUCUCCUCUGGAACGUUUCAAAAUAAGAGCUGGAACUCGUUAUAGAUUUAGAGUGAUUGGAGCAAUGUAUGCACUUCCAAUGCGAAUCUUUAUAUAUGGACAACGCAUAAACUUGCGUUCUUCUGACGCCUAUAACAUUAAUCAGCUUCCGGUACAAUCAAUAGUUAUACAUCCAGGUGAAAGGUAUGACUUUUACUGGCAAUCUCCAGAAGAAAACAGCAUAACAUCUAAAGAGAUAUUGAUUAUUGCCAAAACUUUAGAAACACCCCAGAGUCUUAAUUUUUCUAAAUAUCAUGCAGCUGAAGGCGUUCUGGAAUUCGAAGAUUUCGUUGGAACAGCACAAUCUCCUAACCCUAAAAACACACAAGACGAGGAAUGCACAUCUGAAUUAAUAUGCCAUACAUUUAACUGUCCCUUCAAGUAUUAUCCAAAAAAAGAAAACAGAAAAUGUAUUUCAUUCAAUGAAGUUGAAAACAUAGACCCAAAUCAAGACUACGCAAGUGUUGUAGGUGAUAAAGUAGACGAAGAGUAUUUUUUCAAAUUCGGCAUGCCUGGGCCCAUUGGAAAUACGCCCGCUUCUAUCAAUGGUAGACGAUUUUAUCUGCCGACCGUGUCCCUUCUGACCCAAAGAGAUAAUCUGUCAACCCCGUGCAAUGAAAGCUGUGAAACAAACGGUGUAUGUCAUUGUACACAUAUUCGGAAAGUACCGUCACAGAAAAUUGUUCAGUUUGUUUUAUUGAGCUCAGGGAGAGGGUCUGGAGCAUCUCAUCCGAUUCAUCUACAUGGACAUUCUUUUUAUGUAAUGAAAACGGGAUACGGAACUUACAAUGUCACCACUGGAAAACUCCAGCAAAAUUCUAAAGCUAUAAAAUGUACAGAUAAGUUUAACUACUGUAGUACCGCUGCAUGGGCUAAUUCUAGCUGGUCUGGGGGCAAUGUUCCUGGUAUGAAUCCAAAACCACCACAAAAAGAUACUAUCAUCCUUCCAAAAGGAGGAUAUGUUGUUAUACGAUUUGUAACAGACAAUCCAGGGAUGUGGUUUUUUCACUGUCAUAUCGACAUUCACAACCACAACGGAAUGGCAAUGGUUAUCGAAGAGGGUGAUUCUUGGCCAAGCCCUCCAAAGGGGUUUCCCAUUUGUAGAAGUUUUCUUGACAAUGGUGAAGGAAGUUUUGAAGAAAGUUUUGUAAAUUCGGCUGACAGAAGGAAGUCCGAUACGUUCAUUGUCCUCGUCACAACUGCAUUAUUUUACUCGAAUCUUUCAUAUUACAUUCGUUUUUAUAUGUAAACAAAGUAACAUUAAUCUAAGUAAGUAAGUAACAAUAUCAAAAACAUCACAAUAUAUGCAGAAAAUGACUUACUCCGUAAGAAAUCGAGGAAGAAAUAUGGGCUGAAAUAAAAGGUUCUGUCAUAUUUUGGAUAAAUCUGCAAUGUACUACAAAUGUACUUUGCUAUAAAUACCAUUUUCUUAAAAAAACUGAUACAUCAUGAUUUUUGUAAAAUGAAAAUGAUUACUCAUCUUGAGUCUGUAGCUUUAAUUUUUAAGGUAAUCAUCGAGAUUAAUUAUCUGGCAUUGUAUCUUAACGCUUACAUGUUAUAUUUAUAUUUUUAUUUCAUGAAAACUAACACAUUUUAAGCAGGCUAACACGCCUUGCUAAACAAUGAAGCUACCACUUAAGAGGUAUACGGUAAAUUGCUCUAAAAGUUUUGGUUCCGAUUUAAUUUUUUCAUUCUUGACAAAAUGCUUACUUAAAACGUAUUCUUUUUAAUCUGGAUUGCUGUUUAAAUUAAGAUAUGAGGCAAUAGCAAGUAUUUCAUUAUGAAUCAGUCCUUUUUAUCGCGGGAAACACCGCCACAAAUACAGUUCAAACAUAAAUUCAUCAACUUGACGUUCCCUUGAAACUUUUAUCAAAUUCACAUUGCAAAGCUGAAAGCAUUGUUUGAUUUUCGAUAUUUGAUGCAUAGUUUCAGAUAAUACUUAAGAAGACAACAUUUUACCUUUGAUGGCACUUAAAUUCGGCGACAUGCACUAGCUCGGAAGUAGCGACAGAGCAAUUUAUCGUAUACCUCUGAAAGAGGAAGCUAUGUUGUUUACCUUUAGCCUAUACAUUGUCAUGCAUAUUUAUACAUAUAUCUUAAAUACACAAUGAAGCCAUUAUAAUUCGGUUGAGUGUAUAGAUAUUUAUUUUAAACAAUGAAUUAAUCAAAUAUUUAAAAACAAAAUACAGCAGCGUCUAUUUAUAGUCAUUUACCAAGUAUUAGCAUUUCCAAAAAUGCUUCGAAUCGCCGUUCAGCCAUGAUUAUAGAAAUACUAGUUCAUUUCCUACCAAAUACCUUUAUU